GUGCACAAGCAAACCAUGGCCGGAAGCACCCGGUAUCCUGGAAAACCGACGUCCGCGCCCGCGUGUUUCGCCCCGUCCCUCCCGGCCUCUCUCCCGUAUAUAUCCACCCUGCUCCAGCUAACAACUCACCAACGCAAGCAUCCAUCGCUUCAGCUCAGUUCUUCGACUGCGACUCACCAAUCAUCUACUGGGAUCACACGCUUCACAGACCAACCUCCACCAACGCAGUUCACAGGUCACUUCAUGGCGGCUGCAGCCAAGGCGUCUUGGAUGGCGGCGAUGAGCGUCGGCGCCGUGGAGGCGCUCAAGGACCAGGCCGGCCUCUGCCGCUGGAACUACGCUCUCAGGGCCAUUCACGGCGCAGCCAAGGGCAAGGCCAGCAUCCGCCGCGGUGCUGUGGUCUCGCAAGGCACGAAGCGGCCUCCGGCCUCUGCGGCGGCCGUGGCAGAGAGGCGGCGAGCGGAGAAGGCCGAGGAGGGGCUGCGGACGGUCAUGUACCUCAGCUGCUGGGGUCCCAACUAGGCAGGGCCGGUAGCUGUGUGUGCUCUACGGUUUUGCUACUUGCCUCGUUGCAUGUGGGUUGUACUGUAAAUAGUAUCACGAUGAUGAUGAAAACAUCAUGAUGAUGAUGAAAACUUUGUUCUGUCACCAGCUUGGCUUCAGAAUUUAUGAAGCACAAGAUCCUAGACCGAUUACUCCUGGUACUAGUUCUCUGAUCCAA